GAGCGCUCAACAUAUACUCAAGGUCAUCGUCAGCUCAACUCGUCCGGCCAUGUGUGUGUGUUUAGAAGCUUUAGAAGAUUACCUCAAGUACCAUAUUCCUGGGUUGAGUGAGGAUAGUCUUAGGUUGGCACUGAAGGGUAUCGCUGGAAAAGAUGACCUCCAAACUUAUAAUUGGGUUAGGUUUGCCAUAGUCUAUCUCCAACCACAGUGUGAUUUUACCUGGGCUGGAAAGGAGAUUGACAAAGCACUCGUUAAUUCCACGUAUAUCAAUGGCAGUGAGUUUUCCUUGUCGGAUUUGGCUAUUUGGGCUUUUUUAGAAAUCAAUCCAGAUUGGCAAAAACUCAAUGAGUCGUACAGAACUAAUAGCUCCGUAAAGUCGUUUGUUAAUCUUAAACAAUACUAUGAUCGUCUUAUAACCUUACCAUCAGUUCGGAAACUUAGAACAGAAAUCUAUGAAUCACGGCUCCAGUCAAAAAGCGUUUCAGUUAACUCAGAACCAUCUAGUAAUGCUGUUGGUAAAACUCAUGCAUCUGAUAUGUUAUUUGAAAUGGGAGGAAAGUUCGGUGAACUCCCUGGUGCGAAAGUUGGGGAGGUAGUUGUUCGUUUUCCUCCGGAAGCUAGUGGAUAUUUACAUAUUGGACAUGCUAAAGCAGCGCUUCUAAAUCAACACUAUAGAGAUAUUUUCAAAGGUCGUUUGAUAUUACGUUUUGAUGAUACUAACCCCGAUAAAGAAAAAGAAUACUUUGAAAAGUCGAUUCUUUCAGAUCUUCCUCGAAUCGGUGUCACAUGGGAUACCAUAUCGUCAACUUCUGAUCAUUUUGACGAGAUGUUAAAACUGUGUGAACAACUAAUCAAGGAAGGCAAAGCAUAUGUUGAUAACACAGAUAUGGAAACUAUUCGUGUACAGAGGGAAGCACGCCAAAUGUCUGCUUGUAGAGAUAAUUCUAUCGAACAAAAUUUGGCUUGGUGGGAAGAAAUGAAAAAGGGAACGGAACAAGGACUAAAAUGUUGUGUACGUGCUAAAAUUGAUAUGUCUUCUAAUAACGGUGCUUUACGUGAUCCUACAAUAUAUCGUUGUAAAAUAGAACCCCAUGUUCGGACAGGUUCUAAAUAUAAAGUGUAUCCGUUGUAUGAUUUUGCUUGCCCAAUAGUGGAUAGUAUUGAAGGUGUAACCCACGCUUUACGAACAUCUGAAUAUAAUGAUAGAAAUGAACAGUAUGCAUGGAUAUGUAAAAGUUUAGGUAUACGUUGUCCAAUUGUGAUCGACUACAGUCGUCUUGCUCUACAAAAUACAGUCCUGUCAAAACGUAAACUCGCAUGGUUUGUAGAAGAAGGAAUUGUUGAUGGAUGGGAUGAUCCAAGAAUGCCUACAGUUUCUGGUAUUCUUCGUCGUGGUAUGACCGCUGAAGGAUUACGUCAAUUUAUUUUGGCCCAAGGGUCUAGUCGAUCUUCUGCUUUGAUGGAAUGGGAUAAAAUCUGGUCAUUUAAUAAGAAAAUAAUUGAGCCUGUAGCGCCAAGAACUACUGCUCUCUUACUGGACUCUUCAUAUAUGGGUCAUAAUGGUACACCUCCUGGUCUAGUUCGUGUUCACGUUCAUGGCCAAACCGGCUAUACUGAGAAAAAGGUACAAAUCCACCCGAAAAACGAAUCACUUGGAUACCGUUCAAUCUUACUUGGUCCAGAAGUGUUUGUUGAGCAAGCCGAUGCAUUAUGUUUUAAAAAAGGUGAGAAUGUAACCUUCAUCAAUUGGGGUAAUCUUCGGAUAGUGGAUAUACAUAAACAAGGUCAAUUAAUAGUAUCCAUUGAUGCUUGCCUUAAUUUGGAAGAUACUGAUUACAAGAAAACACUCAAAAUCACUUGGCUAACAGAUCCAAAAGAUUCUCACCUUCCAUUAAUUCCAGUCAGUUGUCUAACAUAUGAUAAUCUUUUAAAUAAAGCAAUUUUGGGCAAAGAUGAUGACUUCAAAUUAUAUGUUAAUAAAUAUUCAAAGAAAGAACAAUGCUUACUUGGUGAUCCUGACUUGUGUCAUGUUAAAAAAGGUGACAUCAUACAGAUUCAACGUCGUGGUUUCUACAUUUGCGAUGCACCAUACGAAUCAGCUUGCUUAGCUACUGGCCACGAAUCUCCUUGUGUUUUAAUUAACAUUCCGGAUGGUUCAUCUAAGGACGAUACUACUGUUAUUAACUCUAAAGUUGAGUCAUCAAAGUCAGGAUCUGUCAAAACCAAUAAAAAGACUGUUAAAAUUGAAAAUCUGACACCGGAAGAAGCAGCUAAAGCAGCUGAACAACAACGUCGAAAAGAAGAGAAGAAAGAAGCAAGGAAAGAGGGCAAAUUAAAAGCUAAACAACAAAAAACAUCAGAAAAUGAACUAAGAACGACAGUAAUUAGUCAUGAGACAAUCAGUAAACAAACUUGUGAUAAAUUAAUCUAUGAACGAUCCAAUCACGUUGAUUCAAUCAAGUGUGAACAAUCGAUACCAGCAUCUUCAAAAGUAGUCGUCAAAAAUGAAAAAGAAGAAAAGCCAUUAUUGAAAAAGUCUGGAACUAAAAAACAAUCUAAGUUAGCUAUCGAAGCAUCAAAGGAAACUGAUUUCUCUGAUUGGUACUCCGAACUGAUUAUAAAAUCCGAAUUAUUAGACUAUUAUGAUAUCAGUGGAUGCUAUAUUCUCCGUCCAUGGGCUUAUCAUAUGUGGCAGUCUAUUCAACGUUUUAUGGACGAAAAACUCAAAGUGAUGGGUAUAGAAAAUGCUUAUUUCCCAAUGUUUGUCUCUAAAUCAGCAUUGGAACGUGAGAAGAACCAUGUGACUGAUUUCGCGCCUGAAGUGGCUUGGGUGACAAAAUCAGGUGAUACAGAUCUAACAGAACCAAUCGCUAUUCGACCAACCAGUGAAACAAUUAUGUAUCCAAUAUUUGCUAAAUGGAUCCAAUCUCAUCGAGAUUUACCACUUCGUAUAAAUCAGUGGAGUAAUGUUGUCCGGUGGGAAUUUAAACAUCCACAACCUUUUCUACGUACACGUGAAUUCCUUUGGCAAGAAGGACAUACCGCUUUUGCAGAAAAAGCCGAUGCAGAAGCAGAGGUUCGUGUAAUAUUGGAUCUAUAUGCCGAAGUUUACGAAUAUUUGCUUGCAGUUCCUGUGGUCAAAGGGCGUAAAACUGAACGUGAAAAAUUCGCCGGUGCAGACUAUACAACAACUGUGGAAAUUUAUAUUGCUGGAAAUGGACGUGCAAUUCAAGGUGCGACAUCACAUCAUUUAGGUCAGAACUUUAGUCGUAUGUUUGAUGUGACAUACGAUCAUCCAGUGACUGGUAAACCUGCCUACGUCUAUCAGAAUUCUUGGGGUCUUACCACUCGUACACUAGGUGUUUUAAUUAUGGUACACAGUGAUGACAAAGGUCUUGUAUUACCACCGAGGGUCGCACCAUAUCAGAUUGUUAUUGUUCCCUGUGGCAUUACUGCAAAAACAACUGUGCAAGAGAGAGAAACUCUCUUGUCCGCUGCUCAUUCUGUACUCGAAUUACUAAAUAAGUUUAAACAAUUUCGUGUAUACUGUGAUGAUCGUGAUAAUGUAUCACCUGGAUGGAAAUUUAAUCAUUGGGAAUUAAAAGGAGUUCCUAUUCGCUUAGAAAUUGGUCCACAAGAAGUCACUGAUAAAAAAGUUUGUUUAGUCCUUCGUCAUAAUGGUGAAAGAGUAAAUGUACCAAUAGGUUCCCUUAUUAAUGAACUUCCUCAUAUUCUUGAUGAUAUUCAUAGUGCAAUGUUUAACAAAGCGACAAAAUCAUUAGCUAGUCAUGUUAUGCCUGUGAAUAACAUGAAUGAAUUAUGUACAGCUUUGGAUCAAAAGUCGCUUGCUUUAGCUCCAUUUUGUUGUGAUAGAGAUUGUGAAGAGGUGAUUAAACAUGAAUCAGCCAGAAAUGUCAUUGUUGAACCUGGUGCACCAGCUAUGGGCGCAAAAAGUUUAUGCAUCCCAUUCGCUUGUGAUUUCAAUCCAACAUUGGUUUGUGGUAGUCCCAUUCCUGAUACACCAUGUUUCAAUCGCCAACAUUGUUCUCGUAAAGCAGUUUCUUAUACAUUGUUCGGUAGAAGUUACUAAGAACUAAUUUGUUUGCACACGUGUAUAUGUAAAAAAUCCCUUUUUGUUAAAAUGAAAAAUAAUAAUGUUCUGUUUUCAUUUUAACAAAUAAAAUCGGUUGGAUCUCA